AUGAAGCUGCUCGUCGUGUUAGUUGCCGCCCUUGUCGCUACGGUGUGUUCCGUGCCGGUCGAUCCGAAGACGAUCGAUUGGUCGGCAGUGCGGAUGCUCCACCAAACCGAUGCCUUCCGGGCGAAACAAGGACUCGCUCCACUGACGGACGACGAGGUGCGAUCCUCUCGCAUCUCUGAAGGGCAGGUCGCCAGCCCUACCCAGUUCCCGUGGGCCGUCGGUGUUCUUAUCUCGGGCGGUUCAUCCCACAGCUUCUGCAGUGGUGUCCUGAUUUCGUCCCGUUACGUCCUGACGGCGGCCGUGUGCAUUUCUGGCUCCAACACUCUGACCGUGCUGCUUGGUGCUUCGGAUAUGACCCGCGUCGAGGAGUUCAUCGGAGUGUCGAACAUCCUGUCACAUCCGAACUACAGCUCGUUCUUCAACCGUGACGAUAUCGCAAUCCUGACGCUGUCGAGCCCGGCUCCGAUCCGGGACACGAUCCGUCCAGUGGAACUGCCGCGCUGGAGCGACGUCGGCAACAGCUUCAACAACUGGGCUGCGACUACGGCUGGCUGGGGCAACACUGGUCGUCGUGAUAAUGAACCCAUCCCUGUGCAGGACCUGCACUUUGCUGUCGAUUCGGUCAACUCCAACUUUGUGUGCGGGCUGUCGCACACGUUCAUCCGAGAUACGCACAUCUGCACUUCCACUGAUAACGGUGGUCCGUGCGACGGUGACGAGGGCGGCCCAGUGACUGUGACGGAGAGUGGCCGCACCAUCCUGGUCGGUGUUCAUUCCUUCCACUUCUCUGGACUGUUCGGUUGCGAUCGCGGCCGAUCGGCGGUCAACACUCGUGUCACGGAGUACCUUGGAUGGAUCCAGGACAACACCGAUGUAACCAUUCAGUGA